AUGUACAAUAACAGAAUUUCUAUAAACAAAAAUCAGAUUAAUAAUAAAAUUAAAGUCAAGCUUAUAGAACAAACUAAUUUGAUGCAAAUAAAUAAGAGAAUAAUUGAUCAAUAUGAAGGAAAAUGCCAAUACUAUGCUUUAUAUUUGAUAAUAAAUUCUGAAAAAAAAAUUUGGAUGAGUUAUAGAAAUAAUUCUAGUAAAGAUUAG